GCCGCGCGGCCCCCUGCCCUUCCGCUCUCCGCCAUGGACGCAGCGCCCGCGCCCGCUCUCCUGGGCGUCCCGCCGGCUGAGGUGCUGGAGGACGUGUUGCGGGAGCAGUUCGGGCCGCUGCCCCAGCUGGCCGCCAUCUGCCGGCUCAAGCGGCUGCCCUCCGGAGGCUACUCCUCGACCGAGGACCUCCAGUUGGUGCUGGAGCGGCGGCGCGUGGCCAACGCCAAGGAGCGCGAGCGGAUAAAAAAUCUCAAUCGUGGUUUUGCUAAACUGAAGGCACUUGUGCCAUUUCUUCCCCAAAGCAGGAAGCCUAGCAAAGUUGAUAUCCUUAAAGGUGCAACAGAAUACAUACAAGUUCUCAGUGAUGUUUUGGAAGGAGCCAAAGACUCUGAGAGACAAAAUCCGGAUCACCAGAACUAUAGGAACAAUCCUUCUGAACCAUCUAUGUCCUUGGCUAGAGAUCUAUCCAGAAACAUCAGCCAGCAUGCCUGCUGUACUGUGGGCUUGAAGAACGAGGAGGAAAGGCCCUGGGCAGAUGGUGGCAGUGGUGAGUCAGCAUACACUUGUCGCCAGAGCGUGAUGUCUACGACUGGAGUUAUCUCCCCAACCAGGAGUCUGGUAAAGUGUUUCUUCUUAAAUAGCCACAUGGGGGUCAAAAAACUCAAAAUAUUUUCCUUGAGGUGUGUGGAAUUUUCCAGGCUAAAAGAUGAUUGA